AUGAAUGUCGAGUAUGUCUCCAAAGACGUUGACAUCCCUGACUCGUUUCUCACCAGCCCUCCGGUGAGGCCGAUCAUAUCAAAUCCCAUCGACUUUGCCUCUUCUCCCCUACCCCAGUAUGCACCUCACACGGCUCUUGUUCUCGACAACGUCCUCUCUCCAGCUGAAUGCAAGGAGCUUCUAUCUCUCGCCGAAUCUUCUGUGCCCGUCGAGGACGGCGACUCCCCGUGGCGGCCUGCCUUAAUAAGCGCCGGGCCAGGGUUGGAGGUACUCGCCACGGGCUAUCGUGAGAGUGAUAGGAUCAUAUGGGAUCAGCAGACAGUCGUGGAUCGUAUCUGGGAACGCUGCGCAACGGCCCAGGGAGUGCGAGAGUUGCUGGACAAACUUCCACCUCAGAGGUAUCAGGGAAGCGGAAGAUGGGAAUUCCGGAGGUUCAACAACAGAAUGCGGUUCCUCAAGUACUCCGCUGGCCAGUAUUUCAAGCCACACACCGACAGCCCUUACUGGUAUGAGGAGGACGGUGUAGAGUUCCAGACCCACUACACUAUACAGCUCUAUCUCAAUAACUCGGCCGAGAUAGACCCCCAGGCACAACUUGUUGGUGGCGCAACUGCGUUCCUGUCCAGAGAUAAGAAGAGCCGACUGGAUGUCAAUCCCAGGGAAGGGAGUGUGUUGAUAUUUCAGCACGACGGUCUCUAUCAUGAAGGUGCGGAGGUGACCAAAGGGGUCAAGUACACCAUGAGGACUGAUAUUUUGUAUGAGUGGGUUCCGGAUGCGGGACGGGGAUGA